AUGUUCGCGCUAUUACCGUUGGACAACUUCACCCACGGUAUUUGGGAGAAUCCAUUCGCUUUAAUGCACCAAAUGGAUCGUCAUAUCCAGGAUAUCCGAGAGAGAAUGGGCUCAAUGGAUGUUCCGUCGACCGGUUCAGUGAGUGACUUUUUGAAGGACGCCUACGAAAUAGGUGAGGAUGGCAAGGUACAUUUCAAGCUGCCGAAGAGUAUUGAUGAUAGUCAACUGAAAUGUCGCAUGACAGAUGAUGGUGUUUUGAUGUUGGAGGCUCCAGUGAAGGUUGAUCAGAACCAGUCGUUGACGCUGAACGAGUCUGGUCAGGUGGGUGUUCGACCGAAAUCGGACAAUCAGAUUAAGGCAGUUCCUGCGUCUCAAGCACUUGUUGCAAAAGGUGUUCAUGGUCUAUCGUAUGUGGAUGAUGGUUCAGGUGGCAAGCGAUUGCAUGUUGAGGUUCCAGUGGACCCAGUGUACAAGCCUGAAGACUUGUGUGUGAAUGUUGAUUCGAAUCGUGUUGUGGUUAGUGGACGUCAUCAUAAGCAGAAGAGUGGUCAAUAUGGAAAGUCAAGUUCAUUUGCAGAGUUCAGUCAGUCGUAUGCGAUUCCCGAGACAGUUGAUCCGUUAUCUGUUUCUGCUCAGGUAGUUGGCAAUACAUUGGUAUUGGAGGCGCCAUUGGAGAAGCAACAUGCAAUUACUCACUAG